AACAGCUAUUAAUGCUUAUGCCGCUGGCGCUUAUGCGUCGGACAUUUUCCUUUAACUUUUUUUUUUAACAGCAUCGUUGUGGAGGUUAAUACCCAAUGGUCAAUCUUAGCAAUUUCCAAAUGCAAGGAGUUCGAUAAUAUUGUAUCUUGUUAGUUGUUUCGAUAUUUCGUCGGUACACCAGAUUAGUGACACCACUGAUACAACUCAAAAAAGUAGAUUUUCUAAUCAUUAAUUAGUAUUCUUGUUUCUUGCCAUGCUCGUUAUGAUUUCAGAAUUUUAAAAAUUAAUAAAUAAUAAAUAGUCAAGAUUGACGAGAUUUCACAGAAGUAACGAACAUUUUUUUAAACAUAUUUCAAUAUUAAAUUUAUAAUUACACCGUUAUAAAUGAGUUACCCCCGUAAAACUUUUUUAAAUUUAAAUCGAGCCCGUAACUAUCGUCAAAUCAUGACAAAAUUUUGUCAUGCGACAGAUGAUAGCGCCGAUAUGUAUUGUAAUCUGUGUCAUUUGUUAUUGUAUUAAGAACGAAUAAUAAAAUUUAAUAUAUUAUAAAAAAAGUUCAUUAAAUCACGUCGAUCCAUGGCUGACUGGUAGUACGCUAAUGUGAAUUAUAUAAUUAUAAAAAUCAAUACGAAUAUAUUGGUCAAAUAAAAAUAAUUCGUUUUUAAAUAAAUAAUAUAAUAGUUAUUGUGAAACUCAUUAACCGCGAUAUGUACACAGCUGCAGUGGCGUAAAUAGAUAACUGACAAGUGUAUACUGUAUAGUAUUACCAAGUAGGUACCUGAAUUUACUGCAAAUUGUUAAGACGUACUAAAGUUUGAAUUUAAAAAUAUUUAUUGUUUUCUAUCAAAAUAAAUUCUAUACUAUAAUCCCAAAGAUAUUCUGCUAAUUCAAUUCAAUACCUACUAAACAUGUUCUAAUUGUUAGCUAAAAUAAGCUGCAAGUUGCAUAAUUAAUAAUAUAAAUUGAUUAUAUUAUAUAACUGCAAGUAGAUAUAUAAAACAGUUUUAAAACGAAAUGGCUACUCAAAUAGAAGAAACUCUGAAGAGAAUUCAAACCAGUGACGGUGUCAUUGGCUUUGUAAUAAUAAACAAUGCUGGCAUUCCGGUCAAAUCCAACUUGGAUAAUUCAAUGUCUGUUCGGUACGCUGGAUUAGUUCAGCAGCUAAUCGCAACAUCAAUGGUCGUGAUCAAAAAAGGCGACUCAACUGAUAAAUUAACGUACUUGCGGUUACGUACCAAACAUAACGAAAUUAUAGUAAUACCAGAUAAACAUUAUAUCAUGGUGGUAAUUCAAAAACCUACUGGUUCUAGAUCACCAAUGUAAAAUUUGGUGUUUUAAUGAUUAUAAUAUAUUUAUAAAAUUAAAUAAAUUCAAUAAUUUAAAAUAAUACAAUAUAUUAAUAUGUCAUAA